AUGUCCAACGUAAACGCAAACGUUCUUCAAGUGGUUCAAAGCAACCAAAGAACAGAGUGCACGAUCAGUCCGUGCAAUGUGUUGUUUAGGAUUUUCCAUUCUGAACUCCUCUUGUGUGCUGUUGUCUUUAACCAGGUGACUGAUGUCCAGCGUAAACGUAAACGCUCUUCAAGUGGUUCAAAGCCCCCAAAGAACAAAGUGCACGAUCAGGACGUGGUCAGUCUUCCUCCAGAACCUCCUCUUGAGGCUUUGGAUUUAGUCCCAAGGCCUUCCGCUACUAUUGAUCCUGAGGAUCUCCCAGCAGUCCGCCCUAUGCCGGUCAGCUUCCGUUCCUCCGAAACUCCUCCACAGGAUGAUAGCCCUCUUAUGAUUCACAACCAUACAGUAGAGGAGUACCAGAAAAUCUACCAUGAAGUGGUUGAUAACAUGUUAUAUUUUAAGACUGGCCGUCAACGUCCUUACAGUUUGGCGCUGGGUCGGGCGAUUAAACAAAAGCUCUGGGAAAGAUUGAAUCGUCCCGCUAUUGUGGAAACAGUCGGCCAAGUCAACGUGGAGGUCAGUUAUGGUUCUGGAACAUCUCCUCCUCUUUAUGAUGUUGAUGUAGCAGAAGAACCAAAACCAAGACACUACCAGGUUCCCAAGGAGUAA